AUGCUCUUUGCUUGCAGCUCGAAGGAGAAACCCACUCUCGGAGGUACGCGGAUUAAGACCCGCAAAAGGAAUAUUGCUGCUCCUCUCGACCCUGCAGCUUUUUCUGAUGCAGUUGUCCUGAUUUAUCUGGAUAAUGCUGGUGAUCUGGAACUUGUUGCCAAAAGUAUUGAGUCAUCAGACCUUAAUUUCUCAAGAUACGGUGACAUUUUCUUUGAGGUUGUUUUCAUUGGAGGACGUACACAAACUGGUUCAGUUAAAUCUGAUGAAGGGGAACGCCAUCCUUACUCUAUAAUCGACUGUGAACCAAAGCGUGAAGCUAUUUUGCCAUCAGUUGUAUACAUUCAGAAGAUUUUGCGGAGGAGACCCUUCCUUAUAAAGAACCUUGAAAAUGUUACGCGGAGAUUCUUGCAGUCACUGGAGCUUUUUGAGGAAAAUGAGAGGAAGAAGCUUGCAAUAUUCACAGCGCUCGCAUUUUCCCAGAAGCUCUCAGGAUUACCUGUAGAGACUGUCUUCCAGCCAUUGCUUAAGGAUAAUCUUGUUGCCAAAGGGAUAGUGCUCUCUUUUGUAACAGACUUCUUUAAUGAAUAUUUGGUUGAGAACAGCCUUGAUGACUUGAUUGCCAUUCUGAGGCGUGGCAAGAUGGAAGACAAACUUUUGGAUUUCCUGCCUCCCACAAAGCGGACUACUGAAAGUUUUGCUGAGCAUUUCACCAAGGCGGGAUUAUCAGCUCUGGUAGAGUACAAUGAAAAGAAAAUAUUUGAGGUGAAGCUGAAGGAAAUAAAAGCGGUGCUUACAAGCCAAGUAACUGAGGAAAUUAACGUAGAUGAAGUGAUUGAAACGGUGAAGCAACAGGUGAAAGAUGCUAAGCUGCCYGAGAUUGAGGUUGUGCGUGUGAUCUGGGAUGGGAUAAUGGAUGCUGUUCAAUGGUCUGGGAAAAACCAGCAGCAAAACGCGAAUGCUGUAUUACGCCAAGUGAAAACAUGGGCUCCGCUUCUGAACACGUUCUGUAGCAGCGGGAAAAUGGAGAUGGAACUAAUGUACAAAGUACAGAUGCAAUGCUAUGAAGAUGCAAAGCUGAUGAAAGUGUUUCCAGAGGUAGUGAGGUCUUUGUAUGAACUUGAUGUGCUUGCUGAAGACACGAUUCUCCACUGGUAUCGCAAAGGGAGCAACCCUAAGGGCAGGCAAACGUUUGUGAAGGGAUUGGAGCCGUUUGUGAAUUGGCUUGAAGAGGCCGAGGAAGAGGAGUGA